ACAACGAUAAUCCGAUAUUAAGACGGUACUCCGAUUAAGAAACUCGCAUGGGAACAGAUUACUGAGGACGUUAAUCCGAUUAAAGUCCUACUCGAAGUAAACACGAAUGGGAUUAAGACGUGGCGUAUUCCUGCGUGUUCUAGUCACGUCAUCGACGUGCGUCACAGACACGUACACACCUCGAUCGCGCUAUUAACGUCGCGUGAGAGUUUUCACCGCGUUGUGAGACAGGACACGUACACACACGGCAGCGCUCGACCGUCUGACGGCGAACGCGAGAGCACGGCCGCGUCCCAAACCGCGUACUUACCUGCUACAGUAUAUAGUAGGUGAAAUACACGUAUCUCUAUAUACUAUAUAGACGGUAAGUACGCGGUUUGGGACGCAGCCCACGGCUUCAAGCGGUCGUCUAUUUGCGCGUACGGCACGACUAAUAAUUAACCGCACUUGAAGCUUUCGUAAAAUGAAAAAUAAAAACACCCGAAACUGUAUACGGUCCCAUAACGAAGACCGUCGAUACGUGAAAUUCUGGACGGAACGUCGGACGGCGUGGCGCGGGGACGUAACGACGUGCGCCGUUAAUCGCUCUAUGAUCUAUAACACGUAAAACAGGAAGAUGAAAGGAGUAUUCUAAAAGCGACUCAUGUAAACACCUUAAUCAGAAUAUCGUCUUAUUCAGAAUACGCUCGAUAAUUAGAUCACCGCCGUCCGUGUAAACGUCGUCAAAGUUAUAAAUACAGAACCGAUCCCAAUUAGGUUAAUGGCACGGAACGAACUCGUGAAUAAACGUAUGUUGGAAAGAGUAGACACAGUCCUUAAUAACAGCGUUACAUUCAUCUGCAAAAAGCGAUCCCAGCUAGCUAAAGGACGUGAACGGGAUUCACACGGACGACAUACGGGACUCGGAAGUUAUCCGUUGUGCUUCAUAACGGCGUCACGCACGCAAAGCUGUCUCCCGGUAGGUCAACGGUCCGGCCGGCUUGCGAUCGUAGGCGGACAUAGUGCUUUAUAACGGCGUUCUGAACGCAGAACGUGCGACAGCUAGGGUAGAAAGAGUUCAGUCAGAUCAGACAUGGACCUCGGAAAUGACCACGCUAUCGUUAUUGUGCGUUCUAAUUUAUAUAUUUUUUAAAAUGCAAAUGAAUCACUCAAAAGCGAAUAUGACUGGCGGAUACUUUAUAGAUACUUCAUAACACUUUAUAAAUCUACUUUAGCUGCACACAGAGUAACAGAUAAGAGGAACGUUACAGAUUCCGUCGUCUCAAAGGGUCGCGUCCUGAGAUUCGACAUGAACCUCAUGCGGGAUUGCUUUCUAGAGGAUUUAUGAAUGUAUUAUGACACUAAAGUUACUGAAUAUUUGAUCUGCAGUGCGCAUAUGUGUGUGUGUGUGUGUGUGUGUGUGUGUGUGUGUGUGUGUGUGUGUAUCAGGUUGCUGUAUUUACUUUUAAACGCAAUCCGAUCUGGCCUUUAAAAAUCAAAGCCUCGGGAUUAUGAAGUAGUUUUUUUUUUCGUUCUUUCUCUUUUUUUUUUUAUUUUUUUUUUUUUAUAAAAAGUUUACAUUUUAUUUGAACUGGAGUGUUUUUGUAUAUAUUUUUGGAUGAUAUUUUUGUUUGUGCUGAGAAAUAAAUGAAUGUAAAUCCUG